AUGGUAGAUAUGACAAAGGAAGAAGACGGAAUUGUGGCUCAUAAAGAUAUUCUUUCCUCACCGAAGAAAAGAUCAAAUUCACCAUCUAAGAUAGUGGCUGUUGAAGAUUCUACUACUAGAAGACGACCUCACUCGAAGAAAAAUAGCCUCGAAAAAGUCAAGUUGCCAGAAUCCAAUGCUAACUCUAUAAAAGAUGAAAAUGUGCAGGAAAUUCCAGAUAUGCCACAACAACCACGCCGUAAACGUGGUAGACCUCGUAAGAGUGAAUCCGAAAAGCACAUCGAUACGUCUAAACCUAAUAAGAUGCAGAAAAUGGGAGACCAUGAAAUCAAUGGCUCAAUUUCUGCGGAAAAUAUUUUACCACGUACAACGAGAAAGAGAGGUAAUAAUAAGCCAGCUGCGGCAACUCGUACUAGUGACGAUGACGACGACGAUAACAGCAGGUCGCUAGAUGAGGAAGAAGAUUUUACCCCAGAGAGUUCAUUCGAUGAAAGUGAUAAACUUGAGGAUAUAGAAUUAUCACCAGAACUAGAUAGAAAAUCGUCAAAGAGCAAGAGACAUACUUUACAAAAUGAUGUGCUGGCACCCUCAACUCCAUCUAAAACUAAACGCAAGAAGGUGGAACGUGAUUUUACGUCACCAUUGAAAAGAGAAAUUUUAAAUAAUUUGAAAGAAUAUAAAGAUAAUUCCUCCAACUUCAAUCUGAAAUUGUCCAAAAAUUUUGUACCAACGCCGCUGCCUAAAAACUAUGAUAAAGAGUACAUGAAGAAAUUGAAUAUGGAAAAAUCAACCAAUAUGAAUUUUUUCGACACUUUUGAGGGCUAUUUCGAUCAAAAAAAAACUGUUAAAGGUAUAUUCAAAUCUAAAAAUACAAUGGCAAUGGCUCCCGAAGUAACAAGAGAAGAAUUCACUAUCGUUUCAAAUUAUUUCAAUAAAUAUUAUUUAAAGAGGGAAAGAGAAAAGCUUUUUGAGAUCCAAAAAAAAAUGUACACUCAAUAUUGGUUUGAGCUAUCACAAGGGUUUUCACUAUUAUUUUACGGUAUUGGAUCUAAACGUGAAUUUCUAGAAAAUUUUGCUAUUCAUUACCUUUCACCAAAAUUGAAACAAGUUGAACUUCAUUCUCAAAAAAAAAAGGAAAAUGUCAACCAUUCAAUCCCAUGUAUAAUAGUCAACGGAUAUAAUCCAACUUGUAAUUACAGAGAUGUGUAUAAAGACGUCUCCAACAUUUUGUAUCCAGAAGAAUUGACUAGAAAUGAAACAAAAUAUUGGGGUAACCACGUUAUCUUGCAAAUACAAAAAAUGAUCCAGUUUUAUAAAACACAACCUCAACAUAUCAAACUAAUCAUUGUGGUACACAAUUUAGAUGGUCCGAGCGUAAGAAAAGAAGCAUUCCAAACAAUGUUAAGUUCGCUAGCCUUAAUUAAACAAAUUGCAAUUAUAGCAUCAACAGAUCACAUAUAUGCUCCAAUACUAUGGGAUAACGUGAUAGCACAAAACUAUAAUUUUAUUUUUCACAAUGUCACCAAUUAUGAACCAAGUAAAGUUGAGUCUUCAUUCCAGGACGUGAUGAAGCUUGGAAGGAAAGAAUCUACAAGUAAUGCGGAAGGUGCCAGAUUUGUUCUUCAGUCCCUAACAAACAACUCUAAAAAAUUAUACAAACUAUUACUAGAGACUCAGUUACACAACAUGGAAACUGAUGGUAAAAAUCCAAAAGGUGUCGUGGCACCAACAAAGCGCGGUGCACUAACUUUCGGAGUCGAAUUAAAAAGAUUCCAUCACCUUUGUACGGCAGACUUUAUUGUAUCCAACGAGAUGUCUCUAAGAACCAUGCUGAAGGAAUUUAUUGAUCAUAAAAUGGCAUUCAUCUCCAAAAACCAAGCUGGUGCAGAAUUUGUCUUUGUCACAUAUAAUUAUUCAGAGAUGAAAAAGCUGCUAGAUACUGUCGCGACUGAAAUAAAGUGA